GCAGAGACAGAUGCACAGAUAUGUUAGGUUUGAUAUUGACGUAUCGCUGCAGAAAUGAUAUCGAACACUGAGUAGCGUUUCAAAAUAGCUUUUUUUUCACAAAACUUAUCAAAUUGUAGAUUUUCGACGAACGCUUUUGCUGGCGUGAUUCUGCUUUGGAAUACAAGGUGCAUUUGGCUUGGCGUUGUGUAGCGGUGGAUUCCCGAGUGGAUAGUUGUCAAUCUAAAGCUAGUAUGUGCAAGUCCGCAGAUUGUUCGAUGAAGAUAUUUGACAGUGCGGAUUUGGAAAUUGCUCUGAAACAGUGGAACGACUUGAAGAUGAAGUUUAGUUGUACCUCCCGGGAGUUGGCCGCAAAAAAAGCGGAUAACCAGGCUGCGGAGUUAUCCAGUCUCCUUCGUCCAAAGGAAAAGGAGGGUGACCUGAAUAAAAAAGUAUUGUCUCGAAGUAAAGUGCACCAGUUUGCUAGGAAUGCAUUUGGCUCUGCAAAAGCUAGUGUUUCACCUAAGAGCAAUGGGGUGGUGGAACCGGUGGAUAAUGGAGAAGCUCGCAAGAACGUGCCUGACCAUUUAACACUUUUACAGCUCUUAGCAUUAAAUGCUCUUGACUUAACUGCUCCUGCAAGUAAUGUUCUACUGAAAAACAGGCUUAAUAACUGGGUGCAACUUUCUGGUCAUGAAGGGUCAUUUGCUCCUGCUGGACCAGGAACUAUUUGGAAGAAGAGUUCUCCAGAUGGUGUUGAAAUAGAAGCAUACAAAAAGCUAAUGAAAGAUCCUCUUGCUACAAUGGUGCCACAUUUUUAUAAAGAUGUCGAGUAUAAUGGAGAAUACUUUAUUGAAAUGCAAGACCUUCUGUAUAAUUUCAAGAAUCCUGCUGUGAUGGACAUUAAAAUGGGAACAAGAACUUUCUUAGAAUCAGAAGUAGAAAAUAACAAAGCUCGAAGUGAUUUAUAUGAGAAAAUGGUAAAGGUAGAUCCUACAGCUCCUACGCCUGAGGAAAAGGAAAAUAAAGCCAUUACCAAGUUAAGAUAUAUGCAGUUUCGAGAAAAUCUGAGUUCUUCUGCGGAACUUGGCUUUAGAAUAGAAGGAUUUAAGGUUCAUGGUGAAGAACCUACCAAAGAUUUAAAAAUGUUAAAAUCUAAAGAAGAUAUCUCCAGAACGCUAAGGCAGUUUUUCAAUAAGAGUGAGAAAAUACGGCUACAGUUGAUUACUCGACUUCAGAAUUUGAGAACAAAAUUAGAAAAGUCGCCUUUCUUUCGCCAGCAUGAGGUGAUAGGUAGCAGCAUUCUUAUUAUUCAUGAUGGUAAAAGAGCUGGUGCUUGGAUGAUAGACUUUGCAAAGACUAUGCCAUUGCCUGAAGGCAUUUCUAUUGAUCACAGGUCAAGAUGGUGUAAUGGCAAUCAUGAAGAUGGCUACCUCACUGGUUUAGAUAACUUGAUAAUGGUUUUGAAAGAAUCCAGAAAUAAAGGCAAUGGUUUGUAGGCUACGUAUCUUGUCCAGUUGCAAAAUAUGAUUGAUAAAUAUGCUUAUGGAAAAGCUUUUGGACUUUGUAUAUUGUUGGUGUUUUAGUGUUUAAAUUGGCAGGCAAACAAGUCAGUCGCCUGUUCUGAAGUUCCUAACUUUCUUGUGUUUUGCUGCUAGAAUAAGUUUUAAAAUAUAUGCACAAAAUAAUAUCUGAAUAUUUGUGCCAUACCUCUAUAGUCAUUAAAUUUAUAUGGAAUUCUAUUCAUAUGUGUAUAAGAAUAAGGUGUAUCUCUUUCAAUUAAAGAUGUAUCUCUUUCAGUUCAUUAAAUCUAGUGAUAAUGUUUUUCUAGUGGCAAAAUGUACAUAUAAAUCUUUUGAAUAAUAUUAUUGUGAUAUAUUUUUAUAAACUGAUAUAGUCUGAGUUUUCCAAGCAGCAUGAUGGCUAUUAUGCUCUGUGAGAUAAACUUCUAAAGAAAUAUCAGUUUAUAAAAUAUUAUAUCAUAAUGUAUCAUUAUUUGAUGUAAUAAAAAACUUUGUGUUUAUCUUCAUGAAUAUUAGUGCCAAAUAUCUGUUGAAUUCAAUGAAAUAUUUAAAAAGAGUCAGAUUUUGAAAUUCUUUUUCUACAUGUGAAUUUAUAAUAUAGGUUUGAGCAGUAUUAUAUUGUUUAAUCAACAAAUAUGUUGAUGAAACAAGGAAAUGUAAUUGUACAUAGAUUGUCCAAUUUAAUCUGCUUAAGUAACUCGAUUUCUCAGUUCAUACUGAGGCUUGUUAAUAGCAUCAUAUGUGUAAAUAUGUAGUAGCUUAUUUAUUAUGAUUAGUAAUAAAAUAUUGAAAUAAAAAUGGA